AUGGAAGCUUCUGUGAACAGCGGAGCUACACCAAGCUCCAGCUCCACCUAUUUCAAGCACGGCAAGAAUGCAGCCGAAAUGGAGCAGCACACCCACAGUCAAGACCUGCCUCGGGAAUUUUUCCAGACUAUUAUCGUAGCAAGAUUUCGAUUCGACGUUGAAGCCCAAGCCGCCGUCGCUUCUCUCAUAACCUUUGCGAAGGAAUGAAGCCCGUCAUCUGCAGUUGUCGUGAUCAUGUACUAGUACAAAUGAACAUAGAGCGAUGGAGUAGACUGUCCUUAUGUUGAGCUGUAUGUCGUUCCUGCGUUAGCCGCUAGUAACUAAAUGUCGGGCUGGGGAGGUGGAUGUCUUCGCAUCAUUAUUUCGUUCUAUUUCUAUUUCUACUCUUGUUUGUUGAGAGUGGAAGGACGCUGCAAUGCGUCUACAGAAUGCAAAUGCUAGGGGUAGGGUGUACUGAUUCGUCGAAAUUUUGGUGCAAUAGCCAAGCCGUCAAGUAUACGAGUUCUGGUGGACGAUGGAAUCGCGGCGAAACAGUGGAAGGUCGACCCAAGCCUGGUGUACCAGGAAUGCGAUCAUGUACUUGUGCAUAGUCACUUCUCCGAUGAUGUUGUAGCUGUUCCUUAUCUUAUUUCCUCUGAGAGCAUGAACGGACGAGCUCGACAAACAGCAUGCAGCACUGGAAUUUGUUGACUGAUUUGCAGUAUGUCGCUGUUGGAGCUCCUGCUUCUCUGCCUCUGGCAGCGCUGCGUACGCUGGCUGCCACUUGGGGCAAACAAUAUUUUUCGUAGGAACAAUCUUGCAAAUAUUCAGGUGCGUCUGAGCAGUGCCGCCAACAUGGCGGAAGUACACCAGAAAGUGGAGCAAGUCCAGUCAUAUCUAAAUUCACUCGGUAUUUUCAAGGAAGCGACUACCGUCAUCGACCGGGGGGAAGGUAAGGACAGAUGAAUAUUACGUUUUGGUUUUUCGUUGCUGCGGGAAUGAGUGAGAACAAACAUCACAACAAGAAAUGGAAGGAAAUUAUUUAUCAACAUGUACUACAGGAGAAGACGACAUAGACGUGAUAUUUCACCUCCGCCCGAUCAAGCCCCAUUAUUCGUUUGGGGCGAAUGUGAAUGGCAAGGGGCAGACCGUAUGCCAACCGAAGCCCCCUCCCAGCACCUCGCUCGCAAAAAUUUGUAUAAAGCUACUGCACAGAAGAUGAAGAACUUAUCAAUUGCGGAACGUAACUAGAUGCAUUCUGUGCCUGCGAGAUCGACGAGAAGAUGUCUACGCAUCCAUGCAAAUUGAGGGCAAGCUAAGGAGGCUUUUUUAAUCAGCAUAGACCACGGCAGAGUUUAAUUUCGAUAUACCAUGCAUCAACGGGUCCUGCACCAGUGCGAAAUGCACCGCCAAGACCCCCACCUGGCGAAUAUUGGAAGGCUACGAAACGCAGGCGUCCUUGUUCACGAAGAGGCUGUUCGGCGUCCGAAAUCUGAACGCGUCGCUGGACCUCAACAGUUCCGUGAAUGACCUGAAACCGUACUCCAGCUACGACGAGAUGAGCAAAUCGGUCAACCUCAACCUCGGCCUGGGUCCGCACAACUUGUCGCUGGAGGCCUACAAUCUCAGAGACGUCGUGCUCGCAAUGGGGCAGGUUUCACUACUUUCUCUGUGUCAAUCCCGUCGGCUUUUCCCUGGACAUUUGCAGCACCAUGAUAAUUUCGACGAAUAGGAAUUGCGGCCAGGGCUAGGACUACAAAAGAAACAGUGGUCUAAUGCCCCGUCAGUGUUCUUUGUUCUCUUUUCUGAGUUGUGGAUGAAGUCCUCCACGGAUGACAACGAAAGCGAAAUGAAAACAACCCAGGCCUCCACCGCGAUGCAGAUGAGCCGCUUGCGUUCGAUAAAAACGGGCUGUCGCUACACGUGGACGCAUCGAACGCCUGGCGGCUUUUUUGCGAAGUGGUCCACCGAGGUCGCGGGGCUCACUGGCGACGUGAAUCUCGCAAAGGGCGACGCCUGCGUCAGCAAAACGUGGUCUUUCACCAUGCCUCCCCUCGGGCUUUUCGAGGACGAGAAACCGUCCCUGUGGCACUUCACCGCGAUGGCCGCCGCAGGGCACGCCGCCCCGCUUGACUCCAGGCCGCUCUGCAUCCAGGACCGCUUCUUCCUCGGGGGCAGCAACGGCUUUGUGAACACGAUCUGCAAGGGUAAGGGCAAAUAAAGAACAAAAUAGGUUGGCUGUUCGUCGUGUUCCGAAUCCGAAAUUACGGAAUUCCUGCAGUUCAUUUCCGUUUUUUUCCAUGUGAGGAAUACAAGUAGUAGACCACUUGGCCGCAACCACCUCAAGUAGAUCAAAAGCUUUGGAGGUGCAGCGGUUCUUUUAGAGUGCGACAACUUUUCUUUUUCUCAGCCAGGCUGUCGUAGUCGAUGUAAAACCGCAAUUAAAACUGUUUUGGCAGGUUUUGGCUUUCGGCGAUUUGGCCCUUGCGAUGCGAGGCCAGCGGGUAGCGGCACUGCAUCCUCCCCAACAACUACGUCUCGCAGGGGAUCCUCUGGAGGUGCAUCUUCCUCAUCUUCACAGGCACCUCAGUACGAUUACCUCGGCGGGGACACGUACAGCAAUUUUGCAGUGUCCUUGUCCCGCGACAUACCCCUUCGGGAGCAGCAGGUCGGUCGAGUGUUCGCGUUCGCGCAGGCCGCGAGCCUCGGGAACGGGCUGGAGCAGACUGUGACGAAGCCAGAAAACUACCGUGUAUCGACGGGCUUCGGCGUCGGUUUUCCGUUUUUCCCCGGCUGCGAGUUCCAAAUAAGCGGGUGCUUUCCGCUGCAAUUCAAGCCGACCGACGUCCGCGAGUCUUUGCAGUUUGGCUUGCGGUUUCAGGGUUGACCGUGAUGAUGCCGGUGCAACACGAGCAUAGGAGGUGGGGGCGGCCCGUGCCGUGACUGAUCAUUCACGUGGAUGAUUUUUUGAAGCAGAAUCUUCGUGCGUCGCGAAAGCGAUCAAAGAAGUAAGCCGCUGCACAGGAAAUGAACCAAAAAAAUCAUUCCUAGAAAUUUCUAUCCUGGCUGCUCUCUCACUCUCUGGAACCGAGACCAACUUCGUCUGCGUCUGGCUUCCCUUCGGUUCCUGCUCUCCACAACUAAGUACUUUCGACGGUAGUUCUACUGGGGAGCUUCUUACUUGCAGGUUCGAGCAGAGGAUACACGAGGCGCAGCGGGGGCGACGCCAUCGAAGAUGAGUUUUCAGCAUCGGUCUUUCUCUGUGGCCGCUCUUACGACACAUCACAAACGUACGAUGAUCCGUCCGCAUCGCAAACAGACUGCAGAAAGGGCUGUCACGCAAAUCCCACACACAGAAAAGCAAAGAAAUACAAAUUCAAAUACCUCUGACACGUCGGUGCGUGACGAGAGCAUGAGCACCUGCACCGGCAGCAGAGCACGAAGCUUGCUCCUCGUAUUUCUCAUGACGUGUUCUUCACAUGGUGCAGC